GUGUGCAUUAUGGCUGCGGCGAAGCAACGGUUGUCCGAUUGCUUGGUCAGGCGGCAAGGUAUUGAGACUAUGCGCAACCAGGUGGAAAAGUUCAUCGCGAAGUUCAACGCUGAGACGGACACGUGCCAGAUUCCUGUCCGUUUGGAAAGUUUGGAUCGAGCGUAUCGCGAGUUCCUCGAAGUCCAAGCCGAGCUCGAACGUACCGACAAAUUCGAGUAUUUGGAAACUCAUUUGACGGAACGAGCCGACUUCGAGACGAGAUACUGCGAAGCCAAGGGAUUUUUGCUGUCGAAGCGGACCGAGGAGCAGAACCUGACCGCAAUGAACAGCACCAUGAACACUAGCCAGCCAACCCAUCCAGUAUCCUUCCACCUACGCCUACCCAAGAUCGACCUGCCGAAAUUUGAUGGAGAUUUCUCUCGUUGGCUAUCCUUCCGUGAUGCGUUCACGUCGAUGGUGCAUUCCAAUCCAGACAUCCCAACAGUGGCGAAGCUGCAGUACUUGUUGAACUCACUCGUGGAUAAGGCAGCACUGCAGUUCGAGAACGUGGAGAUUGAGGCAGACAAGUAUGCGCCAACGUGGGACGAACUGCUGAAACGCUACGACAACAAGCGGUUCCUGAAGCGCAAACUGUUCCAUGCCCUGUACGAUCUGCCUUCGCUGAAGCGCGAAUCCGCUAGUGACCUGCGUACGCUCGUGGACGAUUUUCACCGGCAUGUGAAGGCGUUGGAAAAGCUGAAAGAGCCAGUCGCGCACUGGGACACACCUCUUGUCAGCAUCCUGUGUUACAAGCUAGACUCCAGAUCGCUGCGUGCUUGGGAGGAGCACACUAGCAAAGAAGAAGUCGUGACGUACGCAAUGCUGACCGACUUCCUGUACCAACGAUUGAGAAUGCUUGAGUCCGUCCGUGAGACUUCAGAGCAGCAGCAGCCGUCCAAGGUGGCCGGUACCAAUCCCCAUCCAUUCCAGAAGAAGCCGUUCAAGGUCGUAUCCAACGCUGUCGCAUCUAGGACGUACAGCAACAAUCCACAGUGUCUGGCCUGCUCGGAAUCUCAUCGGUUGUUUGAAUGCCCAGUGUUUGCCAGGAAGUCCAUCCAACAACGCCAAGAUUUGGUGUACCAGAAGCGUCUUUGCUGGAACUGCUUCCGAUCCGGACACCAAUCUCGGAAUUGCUUGUCGAGAUUUACGUGCCAGGUCUGCCACGAGAAGCACCACACCCUGUUGCACCGAGAUGCACCGCCGAAGAUGUCGUCAACGCAAGCCGCGCCGAAGAAGCCAUCCCAGCAACCGAUCCAAUCCACGUCGACGUCGGUGGAUCCCACACCUAGUACGUCGAACCCAGAAUCCCAAGUUAGCUUGUCGGUCCAGUCACACCGAAGCACAGUACUCCUGGAGACGGUUGCACUUGAAGUUCUUGGCCAGAACGGAAAGAAAUAUCCUGCUAGAGCCCUGCUCGAUUCGGCGUCCAUGUGCAACUUCAUCACGAAGAAGCUUGCGAACACCCUGAACCUCCGUCGAAAGAAGGUCGACAUCGAUGUAGCAGGUAUCGGAGAAUCCACGAAGCAGAUCAAGUGCCAGCUGACUGCUACUAUCCAAUCCAAGCACACUCCGUACGCUGCUAAGCUCGAGUUCCUUAUCCUGAAGAGACCGACGAUCAACCUGCCAACCAUCCCAGUCGACGUAUCCCAGUGGAAGCUACCUGAAGUUUCGUUGGCAGAUCCCAAGUUCAACGUUCCGUCCGAUAUUGACAUUGUUAUCGGCGGAGAAUCCUACCACGAGCUGCACACUGGCAGCAAGCAGACCCUCGACGAGGGCCUCCCGUUGAUGAUCGAGACAGUGUUUGGGUGGACCGUAUCCGGAAAAGUGUGUAUCCCAUCCCCAAGUAUCCCACGUGUUUGCCACCUCACCACUGUUGAUCGAAGCCUGGAACAAGCGCUCCAGAAGUUCUGGGAACUGGAAGCUGUCGAACCCUGUUCAGUGCUAACCACAGAAGAAACCCACUGUGAAGAAAUCUAUUCCGCUACCACCACGCGCGAUUCGUCGGGUCGUUAUAUCGUUCGCUUGCCACUCACCCGCGAUCCGCUCGUCACCCUCGGCGCAUCCAGAACAAUCGCCGAACGUCGUUUCCUGAGCCUGGAGAAGAGACUGGAGCGUGAUCCCACCACUCGUGAAGCGUACUGUAAGUUCAUGGACGAGUACGAACGCCUCAACCACAUGCACAAAGUCGACGAUCCCGUGGACGACAGCAUUCCGCACUGCUAUCUUCCACACCACCCGGUAUUCAAGGCCUCGAGUACCACAACCAAAGUCCGUGUAGUUUUCGACGCGUCGUGCAAGACGGCGUCGGGAUUCUCCGUGAACGACCUGCAACUGGUGGGACCAGUCGUUCAGGAAGAUUUGCUGUCGAUCGUCAUGCGUUUCCGAACCUACCCAAUCGCGCUAGUAGCAGACUGUGAGAAAAUGUACCGCCAAGUUUUGCUACAUCCGGAAGACCGUCCGUACCAACGCAUCCUCUGGCGUCCGACUCCAACCCAACCGCUUGCGACGUACGAGCUGAACACCGUAACGUACGGUUUCGCAUCCUCGCCGUUUUUGGCAACCCGCACCCUCCUCGAGAUAGCCAAAGACGAAGCCAAGAACUACCCAGAAGCAGUCGAAGCAGUGAAGCAGGAUUUCUAUGUGGAUGAUUUCCUGUCUGGCGCUGAUGACCUCCCAUCCGCAACCCGAAUCCGGAAGCAAGUAUCCGCCAUGCUGUUAGCAGCCGGUUUCCCGCUGAAGAAGUGGGCAUCCAACGUUCCAGAGGCGCUAGCUGAUGUUCCAGAAGAAGAUCUUGCCAUCGUUCCGCUCCGUGACCUGAAGGACGACCAAUCCGUGUCUGUGCUCGGACUUGUUUGGGAUCCAGUUUCUGACGCACUCCGUUUCAAGGUGGAACUUCCGCUACCCGCAGCUGUACUCACGAAGCGGAUCGUGAUGUCGUACAUCGCCAAGAUUUUCGAUCCAGCUGGCUUCAGUGGUCCAGUUAUCGUAGUAUCCAAGCUGUACAUGCAGGGUCUGUGGACUUUGCGCACCAAGGAGAAGCACCGCUACGAAUGGGACCGCCCGCUCCCCUCGCAGCUGCAAGCUGAAUGGAAAGCGUACCACAGUACGCUUGAAGAAUUGUCGAAAGUCCGGAUUCCAAGAUGUGUGUACCUGCCAACCGCCAAGUCCGUCGAGCUGCACUUCUACUCUGAUGCGUCGGAGAAAGCCUACGGAGCCAACUGUUACGUGCGCUGUGAGACGGUCAAAGGUAUCCAAGUGAGACUGUUGGCGUCGAGAUCCAAGGUCGCUCCGCUGUCCAAGCUUCAAUCCAUCGCCGAUCUUGAGCUGUGUGGAGCUGAACUGUCCGUGAAGCUUUACAAGAAGGUGGUGAAAGCCAUCAAGAAGCCAGUAGAAGUGUUCUUCCAUACAGACUCGAUGAUCGUACUGCAGUGGUUGCAGUCCCCACCAGCCCGUUGGAAGACAUUUGUGGCGAACCGAGUAGCACGGAUCCAAGCCGAAACCGACGUGAGACGCUGGCGACAUGUUCCCGGAAUCUGUAACCCAGCCGACGUCCUCUCCCGUGGCCUGAGCCCCAUCGAGCUUGUCAACUGUUUGCUGUGGUGGUUUGGCCCGGAGUACCUGUCCAAGUCCCGUGAACACUGGCCACGCUCUGUGAUUCCCGAUGUCGAUCCUGCUACUCUACCUGGAGCAAGAAGCAAGGCCGCCGUGAUGCUGAUCACCGCUGCCGAUCCGAAGUUCUCCGAUGAGCUGUUCAGCCGUUUCUCCGAUUACUUCCACCUACGUCGCGCUGUCGCUUACUGGAGAAGAUACUUCCGUAUCCUGAAAGCUGUAUCCAAGAAGGAGAAGCCAGAGCGUCCCGAAAUUCUCACUGCCGCCGAGCUGCGUGACGCUGAGAUCGCUCUGUGCCGUGUAGCCCAGCGAGACAUGUUUGCAGAAGAUGCUGCCGACCUGGUCUCCAAGGAACAAGUAUCACCGUCGUCGCCGCUGAAGUGGCUUAAUCCGAUCCUGCACGGUGACGGACUCAUUCGAGUCGGCGGAAGACUCAGCAAUGCUGCAGUUCCCGAUGAAGUAAAGCACCCGAUCGUGUUGUUAGCGAAGCAUCCGCUUUCCAUCCUGUUGGCGAAAUCGUACCACGUUGAUUUGUUGCACGCUGGUCCCCAGCUGAUGCUCGCUACGAUUCGCCAGAAGUUCUGGAUCAUCGGUGGCCGGAAUCUGGUCCGCCAAACCUACCAUCUCUGCAAAGAAUGUUUCCAGAACAAGCCAACCCUAGUGAAGCAGAGCAUCGCUGAUUUGCCAACCUCACGUGUCACCCCAACCAGACCGUUUGCUGUGAGCGGUGUAGAUUAUUGUGGACCUUUCUACAUUAAGUCGCCCAUCCGAAACCGAGCUCCAACCAAAGCGUAUGUCGCUAUUUUCGUGUGUUUCGCUACACGUGCUGUGCACAUCGAGCUAGUGUCGGACCUAUCCACCCAAGCUUUUCUGUCCGCACUUCGUCGUUUUGUCGCACGCCGUGGAAGACCGAAGGAGAUCCAUAGCGACAACGGAACAGCGUUCAAGGGCGCAUCCAACGAGCUCCGCAAAGUCUACAGCAUGCUGAAAACCGAUCAAGAAAGCCGGAAGUCGAUUCUCGAUUAUUGCGCUGCAAACGAGAUAACCUGGCAUUUCAUCCCACCACGUGCUCCACACUUUGGCGGACUGUGGGAAGCAGCCGUCAAGUCAGCGAAGCACCACCUGUUACGUGAGAUCGGCAACACCAACGUGAGUUACGAGGACAUGAGCACUCUACUAACCCAGAUCGAGAUGUGCUUGAACUCCCGACCCCUCGUGCCAAUCCCAAGCGAUCCCUCGGACCUAGAGGUCCUGACACCAGGCCACUUCCUGGUCGGCACGAACCUGCAAGCUGUUGAAGAACUUAACCUGGCCGACGUUCCGGACAAUCGUUUGUCGCACUGGGAGCUGACACAGAAGCGUUUCCAGAGAAUCUGGUCGAGAUGGUAUCCUGAAUAUCUGCAACAGCUCCAGUCGCGCGCAGUCAAGGGCUGCAAGAAUCCCGUCACGAUCGAACCAGGACAAGUUGUGCUGAUCAAAGACGACAACCUGCCGCCGACGCAGUGGCCGUUAGGCCGAAUCACCCACGUUCAUCCCGGUAAAGACGGCGUUGUACGCGUCGUCACCCUUAAAACAGCAUCAUCGGAUGCCGUCGUCAGGCCGGUCGCCAAGAUCGCACUUCUGCCAGUUCCGGCUGAGUCGGAGCAGCAGCUUAACCCAGCUUGCAGUAACUGAACCCGGUAGAGCACGCCAAAAUUUGCUCGAUGUCUUCGUGGGAAUCUCGCAGAUGCCUAAGCCGAAGAAGAAGAAGUACGUCGUUUGUCAUCGUUUUGCUGUUUGUCGACAUCCGCCCAUCCGUGUAAGCCGUUCAUCCGACCCUGGUAGAGCACGCCGAAAUUUGCUCGAUGCCUUCGUGGGAAUCUCGCAGGUAAUUGCGGUUCCAAUACCCCUAAUUGUCGCGUUCGAUCUACCGGGUCUUUUCCUCUCCAGAUGUCGAAGAAGAUGGUGCCCAGCGAGUCAACGAUCCAGUUCGUCGCAGUUUUUGACCCUGGUAGAGCACGCCGAAAUUGCUCGAUGCCUUCGUGGGAAUCUCGCAGGUAAUUGCGGUUCCAAUCCUUUACUUUUUCGCGUCCGAUCUACCGGGUCUUUUUCUCUGCCAGAUGUUGACGAAAUUGAAUUUCUGGCACCACUUCUUCACCACCCCAAACUGCAUUCGUGACUCCGCCUCACCACCCACAUCGAGCCGAGAAGUCACAUGGCCUGUCAGCGGACAUGCCAGAUGCAGCCGAAGAGUCACGUGCUGGCUCACCCGAAGUUUCCCGAUUGCCAGCCGAGCCGAGUCGAGUCCGAUCAAGGUCGGCGAAGGAGCGAUGGAGAAGCAUGGUUGUAUGAUUGUGAAGAGAGUGUUUUGAUGUUUGAUUGUGAAGAGAGGAGUGAUUGAUUUUUUGUGUUAGUUUUAGAAUUAGUUUUGUACAUAUUGUAAAUAGUGUGUUGAAAUAGCCGAGCCAUUUCAAGGUGGCCGGAAUGUAUAAUAUGUUAACUAACCCUAGAUUUAAAACUAACAACUAAUUUAAAUGUAAAAAUAAUUGUACUUCGACCUUGUGAACUAUCCUAACCUAACCAUCAUUGAAAUGAUCAUCGCGAGCGAA